AUGACUUUAAGCCAACCAACUAAUGUACCAGAAAACGAUAACAUAUCGAAAAAACUAGUAAAAAUAACAAAAGAUACAUUCGAUUUUGGAAUUUUAUUCAUAAGAGUCUUCCAUGAAUUAUUAAUAUGGACAAUUCAAAAAUUAUUGCCCAUUGAUCUCAAGGAUGUUAGUAAGGAUAUUGUUUUAAUCACAGGCACUGGACAUGGAAUUGGACGAGAAUUAGCUUUGCAAUAUGCUGAACUCGGAAGUAAAGUAAUAUGUAUUGAUAUCAAUGAGAAAUCAAAUAAAGAAACAGUUGAUAAAGUAAAUUCAAUUCGUAAAGGAUCUGCUUAUUUUUACAUUUGUGAUGUUACAAAUCGUGAUGCUGUGUUACAAUUAGCUGAUAAGAUUAAAAAUGAAGUAGGCUAUGUAACAAUUUUGAUUAAUAAUGCUGGUAUAAUGCCAUCACAUCCAAUAAACCAACAUACUGAAAAAGAAAUUCGAAAAGUAUUUGAAAUAAAUAUUUUAUCUCAUUUUUGGACGGUCGAAGCAUUUUUUCCACAUUUUAUUCAAGCUGGACGCGGUCAUUUAGUAAGUAUGUCAUCAUUGGCCGGUUUGGUUGGACUAUCAAAUUUAGUGCCAUACUGUGCAACCAAAUUUGCAGUGCGUGGUAUGAUGGAAGCUUUAAGUGAAGAAAUAAGAGAAGGUCCUCUUAAAGGAAAGAUUAACUUUACAACAAUUUGCCCGUAUAUGACUAAUACGGGAUUAUGUAAGAAACCAAAAGUGAAAUUUCCAUCAAUUUUGGGUUUAUUGGAUCCAAAAGAAGUUGCUAGUGCUGUGAUAUACUCUCAACGUGCAAAUAAAGUAGAAGUUACAAUACCAAGUGGUUUACAUCCAUUUUCAAAUUUUUGUCGUGUAAUUCCACUUAAAUGCAGCAUUCUUUUAAAAGAUUUUAUUGAUAGCGGAGUAGAAUCAGAUUUAUCGUGAAUUUUAUCACGUUUGAAAAAAACAAUACUCUCCGACUUUAAUUUUAAGUGAUUAAAAUGCAUUUAUUACUAUUGAUUUUUUGAUUUGAGUCGGAUAUACAACAUAUGUAUAAGCAACAUAAUAACGUAAGAUUUAUAUUAUUAUGUAUGUAUAUACAUUUGUUUUUGUUUGUUAAAAUAGUUCUUAUUGUAGUAGUAUUUACAUUUAAUAAAAAGUGUAGGAUUAUAAACAUAA